CUUUGACGGAUUUUCCGCUGUUUUCAAUUCUUCCUCCCGCCAUUUGGCUUUAAAAAGCCAGACUUGCCGGGAAAUAGGCCUAAUUGGCAUCCUUGCAUUGACAUCACGAUAUAAAAUCACGAUACAUAUAUCGAUAUUUUGAUAAAAAGAUAAACAAAAAAAUUUGUUGUGUCUGAAAAGUCGUGUUUUGUGAAAAGAUCAACAAAAAUUAAUGCUGUUAACGGUGAUAAAUCUUGUGCUUUUUUUUGCGUCAUUUGAUUCAAUUUGGCUGAAAGCAACUUUAACUGGUGAAAAAUAAUUUACGAAAAAAGAAAGAAACGCACCAAACGAGACCUACAAAAGCGGAAAGUCUCGCCUCGCAAUUGGACUUGAAUGGCUGACGGCCGCUUUUCGCACACUUUUGGAGAGUUUACAACGAAAAGUUGGUGAAAAGCGAGCGAGAACUUAGGCAAAUAUCAACAGCUGGGUGAAGCAAAUCAUAAGUAAACACAAAGGACCAGGACAGGACAGGAAGGGACAGCCAGACCGAAGGAUAAAUGUGGUAGUUGCCAUGAGAGCAGCCUCGGGUGUUGACCAGGAGUGAAGGCGGGAAGGAGCAGCAACAGCUGUUGCAGGACCAGCACCAGGAGGAGCACCAGGAGGAUACCACCAGCUAUCCAAACACAACGAGAAACGAGCAACAAGCAACAUCGAGAAGGGCAACAAUAAGAACCGCCACAGACAGCAGGCAACAACACUCGCAAUCAAAUCAAAUUCAAAGAUGCAAAUUACAAUUUGCAUACAAAUGCAUGCGGACACAACGAGCGACAUCAGCACAAACACAAGCCACACAAAUUGUUGCUAUCAAAUGCUAUAAAAUUCUACAGAAUAAUUGUACAGCUUCAGCGCACUCUCUUGCUAAAAAAAAUAAUAGAAAACAACAUAUCUCCACUGAGAGGCAGCAGCUAGCGGGGCGUUGUUUCCCCCAUUCCAUUCAAGACAUCCUCAACAUGAUCAAGGGCAUUUUAAUACAGCGGAAGAGCCAGGAGGAUGCCAGCUACACCAAGCAGCUCAAAAUGGAGCAUGCCGACCUGGUCGCCGAGAUGCAGACUGUCGAGAGUCUGCCCACACAUGAGCGACUUCAAUUGGCCAGAUUACGUCGUGGCCAGCAGCUCAAGUUGGCGCGUCAGAAGGAAAAGGAGUGGGCCAAGCUGCAGCGGGCGAAGGGCAACACGGGUAGCGGCGGCAGCGGAACCGGAAGUGGAUCGCUCGGCAACAGUCUGUUGAACGGGAACCAUGGGGAUACUACGCAUCAUUUCCGGCAUGCCAACGGUUCGGGAACGCUGAGCGGAAGGCGGCACAUAUCCUUCGAGAACAGUGUGGUGCUGCUGGAGGCAGCCUCCAGGAACGAUAUGCCCGAGGUGGCGGCACUGCUGCAACAUGGAAUUACUCCGGAUGCGGCCAACGAGGAUGGGUUGACGGCAAUGCAUCAGGCGUGCAUUGAUAACAACGUGGAGAUGCUGCAGCUUCUGCUCGAGUAUGGGGCAAAUGUGGAUGCGCAGGACAGUGAUAAGUGGACGCCCCUGCAUGCGGCAGCCACCUGCGGCCACCUGGAGCUAGUACGCAUCCUCAUCCGGCACGGAGCCAACCUGCUGGCCGUUAACACCGAUGGCAAUAUGCCCUAUGACCUGUGCGACGAUGAGAAUACAUUGGAUUUCAUCGAGGGCGAGAUGGCACAGCGGGGCGUCACCCAGGAGCUGAUCGAUGAGACGCGCUCCUCCACGGAACGGAUUAUGCUGCGUGACCUCAUGGAGCUGGCCCGUACCGGUGGGGAUUUGGAGGAGCCCGACUACCAGUGCGCCACACCACUGCACAUAGCCGCUGCCAAUGGAUAUGUUCGUGUUGUGGAGUUUUUGCUGGAACAGCAUGUCAAUGUGGAUGCCAUGGACAAGGAUCUAUGGACGCCAGUGCAUGCUGCCGCCUGCUGGGGACAUCUGGAGGUGCUGGAGAUGUUGGCCCAAUGUGGUGCUGAUUUAAAUGUACGCAACAAGGACGAUGAGACGCCCUCAGAUAUUUGUGAAGAUCCCGAGAUCAGGGAACGCAUUGAGCAGCUGAAAACGGAGCAGGAGAGCAAACGACUGGCCGAAGCUCAGCGACGGCGUGUGCGACGUUCACAGAGCAACAACACCAGAGCCCAAUCAGUGCGUCGUACUAGCUUGCGUGACAAAACGCUGACAACCAAAAAGGAUGCCGUCGAGGAGACGCGCCUACGCCUGCAGGCCCAGGAGGCGACGGCUUCUUCGGAGGCGCCCUCCUCUGCUGCCGUUGGAGAUCCACUGACCAAUGGCUACAAUGGUUACAAUGGCAACAAUAAUGGCGAAAAGCGUCCCUCCACUGGAAGUUCAAAUGGCCAACUACUACUGCCGCACUCCAAGUCCGCCGAUGCGUUGGAUAAUGCCAUGAUAACAUCAUCCGCCGCAUUGACGGCCACCGCCACACAUUCCUAUCAACCGCGUCGUCCGCCAGAUGGCCGGGAAAAUGAUGAGCUGCUCCGCCUUAAGGCCGCCGGUGGUGCUGUUUCCGAUAUGCAGCGUGCCACAUCCGCGGCGGCUGUUAUACUCACCGAAAAGGGUACUGCGGCUAGUGCCGAAGCUGUACAAAUCCAGUCGUCCAAGGAAGCUGCCAAUGGGAAGAUCAAUGUCCAGGUCACCGUCCUUGUGGACACCAACAGCACGCAUCAGCAUCAUCAGCAAAAUCUCCAGCAACAGCUCCAGCAACAUGCCCUCAUGUUGCAGCAACAGCAACAGCAGCAGCUACAGCAGCAACAUGUUGCACUCGAUGGCUACGGUGCUACCUUGUCCAAUUUGAAAAAGCAGCGCUCGCUUUCACGCACCGCCAAUGUACUCAAUAAUUUCGAAUUGUCAUCCCAACAACAAGCAACUAGCAAUGCCAAUAAUCCAAUUCUAGCACCAACUGCUCCAACUAAUGGUUCUGUUUUAGGAGCCGGCGGUAGCAGCGGCAACAACAACAAUAACAACAAUCUUAACACCAGCAACAACAAUAACAACAACAACAACAAUGGCAACAACAUCAACGGAUCAGCCCCAAUAUCCACACAGCCAUUGGGCAUGGGCAUGGCACCGAUGGGUAGCCUAACCUCAGACUUUGAGGUUUCCUCGCCGGCGAGCAGUUCGGUGAACAAGUUCAGCGGCAUCACCGGGGAUGUGGUCAGCGACAGCACCAGUUCCAGUCGCAAGUGCUGUGUCCUCAUGUAGAAUUGAGGCAAAUUUGUCAGAUAGUUGAGAGAGAUAGAGAUACAUAUAUAUAUAUAUAUAUAGAUCAUUAUAUACAUGGGAUUUGUAAGCAAGAAAAAAGUGUCUUUUUUUAGUAAUUAGCCGAAUUCAGUGAGAAAACGUUGAAUGUUACAAACACAAGAGAGAGAGAGAGAUAAAAUGUUGAAAGAAUUGCAUGUUAUUCAACAAAAAGAGGGGUUCAAUUCUUCUGAGCUCCCUAAAGAACGACUCAAAGUCGUUUCCAGUCGUUGUUUCCUAGCAAAACAUACACACACACACAUCACACAACAGAUUAUACGAUACAAAUUUAUAUAGAAAUAUACAAGUACCAUAUGUAUACACUCUAAAGUUUAUUAAACAAAAUAAAUGUGAGCAGUUUA